AUGUUUGCGGAGACGAUGAAUUCGGUCCACGAGUGGUCCACUGUCGAGGGAACUUCGACUUCACCCUGCUUUUUGAAGAGUGCUUCUUUUCGAUCGCUCCCUCGGCAUUACUUCUGCUUGUACUUCCCUUGCGCUACAAGCAGCUAUGGAAACAUCGGACAGUCAUCGUCUCUCAAAGCUGGGCAUACUGGGCUAAGCUGCACAAGUUUUCGGUGCAUCCCAGCUUUGCCUUCUAGUCUUAUGGCUCCUCCCUCACACGCCACGGACACAGGCAUCCCUGGCUGCUGCGGUUCUGACUUUAAUUACAUCUGUUGGCCUGCUGUUCCUGUCCCAUUUGGAACACCUAUAUUCUGUGCAGCCCUCUUCCCUUCUGAACCUGUUCCUAUCAUGGACAAUUAUCUUCGAUGCCCAAGCAUUGCGGUCAAAUCGGUUUGGUUCUAUUUAGAGACGAAGUCCAAACUGGCAUAUUUCAUGAAGAAAAACGUGCAAUAUGGCGACGAGGAAAUUAGAAGAUUCUAUAAUCGCGCCUUCUUCUGGUGGGUUAAUCCUUUGCUCUUGCUCGGUUUCAAGCAGUCAGUGUCUCUCGAGGAAUUGCCGUACCUUGAUCGGGCUCUGUCAGCAAACGAAUUACAUCGAAAGUUUUCCGCUCACUGGGCUUCAAUGCCAAAAACAUAUGAGAACGCGUUGGCCUAUUGCGCUGUCCGUGCAUUCAGAGCCCCAGUCUUUUACUCCUUCUUGUCGAGGUUGAUGAGGAUUGGUUUGGAUUAUACGCAACCUUUCUUGAUAACCAGAUUAACGAUUUACGUUGGCCAGAAAAUUCCUAGUAAAGAUGAUGGCUAUGGCCUGAUUGGUGCAUUUGCACUGGUCUUCAUUCUGAAAGGCGUCAUGAAUUGCCUUUAUGAGCACUAUAUAUUUCGUCUUAUAACGCAGAUACGCGGCGCUCUGGUAUCUGUCAUCUAUGAUAAGACGCUUGAGCUAAAGUACGAUGAGUACAGUGACUCGGCAGCGCUGACUUUGAUGAGCAAUGAUAUCGACAACAUUGCAUCGGGGAUCCAGAAUGUGCAUGAAGUUUGGGCGAGUCCCAUAGAGGUGGGCAUUGCACUGUACUUGUUACAGCGUCAGGUAGCUUGGGCUGCUACAGUUCCGGCAGCCCUUUCUGUUGCGGUCUUCUAUUCCACCCAUCUGUUGUCGAAGUCUGCACCGGGGAGGCAAAAGGUUUGGAUGCAGGCUGUUCGUGACAGAGUUGCGUUUGCUUCGAGUUACCUCGAUGCGAGUCAUUUUUCUAGAAUGCUACAUCAACUGCGCAUUGACGAGCUGAAUCGACAGUCAAAAUUUCGCCAUCUGAUGGUGAAGAUGAAUUUGCUCGCGGGCACAACAACCAAUCUCAGCCCGGUCCUCACACUCAGUCUCUUCACCGGUGUUGCACUCCAUACCGGAAAAAGACCAUUGACAGUGGCUCAAACAUUCACAUCGCUUUCGAUAAUCUCUCUAUUGAGUGGCCCUCUGUCAAACCUGAUCUAUUCGGGCCCGAAAGCUAGUGCGGCGCUGGAAUGCUUUCAAAGGAUCCAAGCUUACUUACUAGCAAGUCCCAGACUCGAUGAUCGAGUUAUACCCCCGAGUCAUCAGCAUGUCUCCCCGUAUACAAAUUGGACUGAUAUGGACACCGAGGGGGUGGGCCCCAUUGAGCUUCAGCAGCCAAAGCCAUCGGAUACAGGCAUUGGGCAUCGUUCUGUCGCAGCAAAGUCGGACUUGCUGCAAAUCCACCAGGCUGAUUUUGGUUGGGAUCGCAGUUCGCCAGCUACAUUGCGGAGCAUCGAUCUUAGAUGCCCUCCUUCUUCGCUUACCAUGGUUACCGGGGCCGUUGGAUCGGGCAAGAGCACUCUGCUUCAAGGAAUUCUGGGUGAGGUUCCCUGCUUGAAGGGCUUCAUUUACAGCAACGUUUGCGAAAUAUCUUUCUGUAGUAGCAGGGCUUGGAUUCGCAACAGAUCCAUCCGUGAGAACAUCUGCCAACCCUUGCCUUUUGAUGAGCAAUGGUACCGAACUGUGCUUUAUUCGACUGCGCUCGACCAAGACAUUGAAAGCUUUCCCCACAAAGAUCACACAAUCAUUGGUAGUAAUGGUAUGGCAACUAGUGGCGGACAAAGACAACGCAUUGCUAUUGCCCGUGCAAUCUAUGCACGCAAGCAAUUAGCUCUUUUCGAUGACGUUCUAAGUUCUCUGGAUGCGAAAACUUCAGAGCAAGUUUUCCAACGCGUUUUCGGGGCACAGGGCAUCUUGCGCCGCCAUAGAGUUGCUGCUAUAUUAGCAACGCAUGAUCAGAAACUUCUUGCCUUUGCCGAUAAUGCUGUCUUGCUCCAAAACGGAGUGAUCACGAAACAAGGCCAUCCUCAAUUGCUUCAGCCACGGAAUUUAUCGGGUGAAUCAGCGGCCACUUCACGCUCAAUCGAGGAGCGCCAAGUAGCAUUGCCGGGUAGCCAGGCGGCUGCAGGCAUUGCGUCUUCGAAUGCUGACGAGAUGAACAGGAAGAUAGGCGACCUGGGCAUAUAUGCAUACUACCUCCGAGCAGCCGGCCCUUGGCAGGUAUUGAUCUACUUCGUAUCCUUAGUGAUAGGUGUGUUCUGCUCUCAAUUUCCCAGAGCUGCCCUAUGGGCAUGGUGCAUGUGGCUCGUCUUCUGCCGCAUUGUCCCCACGUCUUCCAACAGGCUCCAUGAUUAUCUGGUGAUGAAGAUCGAUAAGGCUCCUUUGUACUGGCUCACCUGCACCGACAGCGGCAUCACUCUAAAUCACUUCAGUCAGGACAUGACUCUAAUUGACCGAUCACUUCCGGCUGACUUUCUUAAAACAUCGAAAAAUUUUACACAAUGCUUGAUGAGCGCCAUAUUUAUCUGUGUUGGUGCCAAAUACAUGGCUCCCCUGAUCCCCUUAUCAGUAAUUGUUGUUUACUCAAUUCAGAAGUUCUACCUCCGAACAUCACGACAACUUCGCCAUCUGGACCUCGAGAGCAAGUCACCACUAUACACCCAAUUUACCGAGACCAUAAAUGGGCUUGUCACUAUCCGCGCGUUUGGCUGGCAAAACAGCUUCCGUGAAGAGCACCAGGAACUGCUCCAAAAACCCAACCGGCCCUACUAUAUGCUGGUUGUCAUACAGCGGGGGCUUAUUCUUGGUCUAGAUCUGUCUGUUGCUGGCAUUGCAAUCUUGCUAGUGAUACUCUCAGUUUUUUCAGCAGCUGUCGGAAUUGAUCAAUUUCUGGACAUCCAUGGAGACCAGUAUUGGUGCAGUUACACGCAUCCGCAAUUUUCAAAAGGUUCCCUGAGAGGAUCUUCCUGGAGAGGAACUUUCCAAAAUGUCAGCAUAUGCUAUGAUCUGAACUCUCCCCCUGUUCUUCAACAAAUAACCCUGGCCAUCCCUGCUGGUUCCAAGCUAGGGGUAUGCGGGCGCUCUGGAAGUGGGAAAAGCUCUCUACUUCUUCCCAUUCUUCGCAUGGUUGAAAUACAAAGUGGUGACAUUUAUAUUGAUGCCGUGAGUUUACAAUCAUGCCCUCGUGACACCGUCCGCGAUCAAGUUACAGUGAUACCUCAAGAGCCUGUCUUAUUCCGGGGCACUAUCCGUGAUAAUAUCGCUGGGUUCAGCCCCAUGGACGAUGAGAUUGUCCUCAAUGCACUACAAAAAGUACAAUUGUACGAACAUGUCCAGAGCUCUGGUGGUCUCGAUGCUGAAAUCGAUCACCUCCCCCUAUCAGCAGGCCAGCGACAGCUCAUUUGCCUGGCUCGAGCUAUUGUCAAGAAAAGAAAAAUCUUGCUCCUGGAUGAGGCCACUAGCCAUGUGGAUAACGAGACAGAUUCCCUGAUGCAAGAUAUAAUUCGCACUGAGUUUGCAGGCUGCACUAUUAUUACAGUUGCGCAUAGGGUUUCUACCCUUCUGGAUUACGAUCAGAUUGCUGUCAUUGAUGGAGGAAAGAUGGUUGAAUAUGGCACACCUAGUGAGCUUUUCGAAAGAUCGGGGUCGCUUCUCCGGCAGUUGCAUGAUCAGCAGAGGCUCAGGGUGUGA